AGUGAGCUACUGAUAACUUCGGUUCAGGUGCCAUAGGUCGCAGUUAAUACCUCAGUGGUCUUUCCCAGGAUACAGUAGAGGUGAAGGGAUCAGAGAGAGAGACAGUUCAACAAGAAUCAGCAACAGUUUUCACAGAGGAGAAUAUACCAGAAAGGACGCAGCACCUCGAAGGCUUGUAGGGAAGUAGCAAAACCAACAGCUACUUACCAAAGGGAGACACAACGGAUUUUCUGAGUCCAGUGAAUUUGAAAAGAAGACACAAUGAAGCUGAAGUUUCCAAACCCGGGACUGGAUGACCGAAUCCCGUCUCAUGCAGAAUUGGAGAGGAUGGAGAAGGAGGAGGCAGGGGACAGGCCCAAAUGGGACAACAAAACCCAGUACCUGCUCACCUGUGUGGGCUUCUGUGUGGGACUUGGCAACGUGUGGAGGUUCCCUUACCUGUGUCAGAGCCAUGGAGGAGGAGCAUUUAUGAUCCCGUUUCUUAUCCUGGUGGUCCUGGAGGGCAUCCCACUGCUGCACCUGGAGUUUGCCAUCGGUCAGCGCCUGAGGAAGGGCAGCGUGGGGGUGUGGAGAUCAAUCCAUCCAUGCCUGACUGGAGUUGGUAUUGCAUCCUUGCUUGUCUCAUUUCUGGUGGGCAUGUACUACAACACCAUCAUGGCCUGGAUCAUGUGGUAUCUCUUCAACUCCUUCCAAAGUCCUUUGCCCUGGAGCCAAUGUCCUCUAAAUGCUAACAGGACAGGUCUGGUGGAAGAGUGUGCUCGAAGCACCUCUGUUGACUACUUCUGGUACAGAGAGACUCUGAACACUUCAACAGCUAUCGAUGAGUCAGGAGGUUUACAGUGGUGGAUGGUGCUAUCCCUGGUGGCUGCCUGGACUUUGCUUUAUGUCUGCUGCAUCCGGGGCAUCGAGACCACUGGAAAGGCUGUUUACAUCACCUCAACUUUGCCAUACGUGGUCCUCACCAUCUUCCUCAUCAGAGGACUGACUCUGAAAGGAUCUAUAGAGGGGAUUAAGUUCCUCUUCAUACCAGAUGUAGAUGAGUUAAUGAAUCCAUCGACCUGGUUGGAUGCUGGUGCUCAAGUUUUCUACUCCUUCUCUUUGGCCUUUGGAGGUCUUAUCUCUUUCUCCAGUUACAACUCUAUUCACAACAACUGUGAGCAAGAUGCCGUUCUCAUCUCGAUCAUCAAUGGCUGCACCUCUGUGUACUCCGCCACUGUCAUCUACUCCAUCAUCGGCUUUAGGGCCACGGAGAAAUUUGACGAUUGCACAUCAGACAACAUCUUGAAGCUGAUGAAUGCCUUUAACUAUCCUGAAAACAACAUCACAGAAGGCAACUACGAUCAGGUUCUGUCCCGAUUCAACCAGACAAAUCCAGACAUCAUUCAAGGAUUGCAAUUACAGACUUGUGACAUGCAGACUUUCCUCAGUCAGGGCGUGGAGGGAACAGGUCUAGCCUUCAUCGUGUUCACAGAGGCCAUCAUCAAAAUGCCUGUUUCUCCUAUAUGGGCUGUCCUCUUCUUUGUCAUGCUGUUCUGCCUUGGUCUCUCGACUAUGUUUGGGAACAUAGAAGGAGUGGUGGUUCCUUUGCAGGACCUCAACAUACUGCCUAAAUCUUGGCCCAAAGAAGUUUUCACUGGUCUGACUUGCUUAAUCUCUUGCGCUUGUGGACUGAUCUUUACCCAGCAAUCUGGAAACUACUGGCUAGCUCUUUUUGACAGCUUUGCUGGCUCUAUCCCACUGCUGGUCAUCGGGUUAUGUGAAAUGAUUGCUGUGAUGUACAUCUACGGCGUAGAUAGGUUUAACGAGGACAUUGAGUUUAUGAUCGGCCACAAACCCAAUCUUUUCUGGCAGGUGACGUGGAGGGUGGUCAGUCCACUCAUUAUGGUCGUCAUCUUGAUUUUCUACUUUGUAACCCAAAUCACUAAGAGUCUCACAUAUUUGGUGUGGGACCAGGAGGCGGUUGAUUUCCCAACCCUUGAAGCACGUCCGUUUCCCGCCUGGAUCAACGUCAUCAUCUUCAUCCUGGCUGGAAUUCCCAGUUUAGCUGUCCCAGGAUUCGCCCUCUACAAAUUCAUCCAGAAUAAAUGCUGCAAAAAGGAGGACUACAGUGAUGGCACAGUGGACACUAUCUCUGCCAAAGUAGAAAUGAAUGACAAAAUGAAGAUGUAGAUAUCUUUUACUUACAUUGAAUAACAGAAUAUUUAAUAGUAACAUGAAUAUGGACUUGUGGUGCUGUUAUUUGUGUAUUAUGCUUACAUACGUUGUCUUUCUCAUGGGUUAGUACAAUCACAGAAGAGCACUCUAAUGACUUCUGACUUUUAUCUGUGAAAAGCAGAGGGUGAAUCGGAAUCUGUAAAAUAAUAUAAUUUUGGAGAAAAUAAUAAUUGCUGCUAACUUUUCGUACUACUGUGAUAUUGGUUUCUGGCUAUAUCAUGUUUGACCUGUAAGUGGGUGUUGUAAAAUAAAGGAGUAGUUGGAUAUUUUGGGCGCCUAUUUGCUUUCUUGCUAAGAGUUAGAUGAAAAGAUGGAUAGGCCUACCAGUUUGUGCUCUAAAUAUAAAAUAUACAGCUAGUAGCCAUUUAGCUUAACUUAGCUUAGCAUAGAGGCUCAGGCAAAGGGAAACAGCAAGCCUGGCUAUAUCCUAUUUUCUAAAUAUUUACAAAAAAAGAAGCAGUUGAGACUGGCUAGCUAUGUCCCUGUUUCCACGUUUUAAACAAAGCUAAGCUAACCUGCUAUUGGCUGUAGCUAUUCACAUUUAGCUAACAGAAAACAUGAUGGUUUUCAAAUCUAACUCUCUGUGCCCAAAAAGGUCUAGCUACUCUUUUGAUAAAUGUGAGUUUACUUAAUCUAAUUGUCUAAUAUACAAAUUAUAAUGUUUUAUGUUAGAAUGUAAACAAUAUGCAGGUAUGUUUUAGAUAUUUAAAGCGAAAUGGCAAAAGAGCUUUUUAUAACACUGUUGUCUUGUUGUACUUAUUGUAGAGGGCUAUUGUAAAGCAUUUUUAAGUUUCAGUUUAUUACUGCACUUAAACUGCCAUAAACUGUCAGGUUAUGAUCUGUUAAUAAUCCUUUCAGCAGUUGAGAUUUAAGAGAACUUAUAACACUGUUGACUUGUUGUACUUAUUGUAGAGGGCUAUUGUAAAGCAUUUUUAAGUUUCAGUUUAUUACUGCACUUAAACUGCCAUAAACUGUCAGGUUAUGAUCUGUUAAUAAUCCUUUCAGCAGUUGAGACUUAAGAGAACUUAUAUGCUAUUAAAAUAAAUCAUGCAGAACUUAAUGAGUUUACAGACGCUCUUAAGGAUCCUCCUGGCAACAGUUGUAACAAAUGAAAUCUCUGGUUUGAUAUCCCCUAUAUUCAUCGACAAGGAGUGUAAAUAAAGCACUUAAAAAUAAA